AUGUCUUUCUUCGAAGGAGACACGCGCACGGGCGAACAGCCCGCGCCGCCGCCACGGGCCCUCACGCCCGUCGAGAUCGGGGCCAUCGUCGGCACCCUCACCGUCUUCGUCGGCGUCGUCGGCUCUCUCCUGUUCUACCGCGCCCACACUGCCAAGAAGCGCCGGGAGAAGAACGGCGAGAGGGUGGACGACGACGAGCUCCAGUUACAGGGCACGGGGAACGUCAAGAGUGAAGACGGGUCGUUCCGGCCGGAGGUGAGGGUGGCGAGUCUGCCGCCGCCGCCGCCAAGAACCCUUCUACCCCGGAACAAGAAGGUUUGGGGUCCGUACGAGGGGGCCCAGAUCGAAGAGGACAAGGAUUUCGAACGAGCCGAGAGCCAUGAGAUGCAGGAUGGGAAGAAAUUCGGGGUGACGAUAAAGCGAGAGGCGUAUUGA